AUGGCGGACGAGGAGUCGCCUCUCAUCAAGGCUUUGCCACCGGAGUCGGACUACUACACCUACCUCACCAUUGUGGAAUACAACCUUUCACCAGAGAGUCUACCAGUCCUACAUAGGGUGCUACAGGAUGAGAACCUGACCACGAACAUCGGCUGGGACCUGGUCCACCUGCUGGUACCAUACUUGCCGGAAUCAGAAGGCUGUCUGCACACCAUUGCACGGCUUGGCAACCCACGAGAAGUCAUUCUGAAGGUUACCGAGAGCCUGCGGCUGAUCGAGUACGACAAGUCAGAUGACGAAGACGAGGUCGACGAGUCCACGGAGCCGGGAGCAACAGAUGUUCGCGUUCGGGCAGACUCUUCCACCUACCCGCUCAAGACUGCAGCAGUACCAGAAGGCGAGGAGCAGCCUGGUAGAAGCACCUCGCAAGCAGUCGAAGUCCCUCCCCCGCCUCCUCUGGCCGUGAACAAGUUUGUAUCGCUGCUGUCGAUGUUAUCAACUCUUCACCGCCGGAUCAAAACGAAGAACCCGAGUCGCUUUCUUAGCACUACUUUGCAAGCUAUUCUGGCCAGCUUCUCCAAUUCUUCUUCGCAUCGGGAGGAAAUGGUCAGAGCCAUCGUCACUACCGUCAAAGCAGUUUCUGGGACAAAGCGGCCGACUUUACCCAACAGGCAGGGUAGCGGGAUGCUGAGCUCUGAGAUGCUGCAGAAGUCAAGCGAUGUACAGGCAGGAGACCCGGAGGCCUCAAGUACUCCUGACCUUGAUAAAGAGGACUCGGCCAUUCAGAAGAGACUACUGCAAAGCUUUCUCACUCAUGUCAUGGAAGAGUAUAUGCUCAAUCUGCCUUCGACUGCAGACGAUGUACCCGGCAUGGCGUGGUGCAGCCGAACGAUGGAGAAGUUGCAACCGGAGAGAAAGAUCCCACAAACGCAGACUUUCGCAGAUCGCUUCGCCAAUGAAGAGCAGCUGAACAGGCGCAUAGAUGCUGUUGGACAGCUUGUCACGCUCGCGCAAGACUUGAAGCUCACCGAUGAAGAGUUGUUGUCUGCUGCCAUCGUCGUUGAAAAGAUGCCUGACCGCGACGAAGAGGAUGAAGAUGACCCGCCUGAGACAGCAGACGACAUCCCGCUUAGUCGGCUGGGGUCGCUGAUGCUGUACGUGGCGCGACAAGCUUCUGAGGUCCUUUACGAUAUCCCGAGAAGCGCGGCGGAACCCCCUUUUGCAAUCUUCCCGGACCACCAGGAGCUUCUGAGACAUUGCCUGUCUGCGCCGAAUAAGGGCAACGGUACGCUUGGGACCGAACCAGAAGGUCUCAUCGAUGCUACGCUCGCUCUAGGCUUGCUGGCGCUUGAACGGGAUUCGAUCGGCGAGCCUUCUUCGGAUGAGGAUUUUACUGCAUACCUACAGUCAAUCUCGCUCUUGUCUUCCAACUGCCCUUCGCCCAACCUCAGAGGACACGCACAUUAUCUUGCCUCGACGAUACUCCGCUCGCAUCCGGACGAUCAAGACACUCUCGAGCAUUGUCCGUUUGAGAAUCUGAAAGUCAGCGCAGUAGGCUGGAUCAAGGGCGAAACGAUCGAAGCGAAUCCACCAACUUCAGGUCACAGCCAUGGUGCCCAGCCCGAAUCAGCCACCGGCGACAAGUCAGUCUUCGCCAAACCGCUAGCGCUUGACACCCUCUCACCCCACCUCUUCCCAUCUCUUCACGCCGACCUACUGACCAGCCCUAUCCCCGACGCCUGGCUCACGUUCCGCGCCAACAUCUCCUUCUACCUGGCCUCGCUGAACUUCCUCUACCUGCUCCUCUGCGCCAAGCAUCUGCAUGAGAACCUUCUGGUGCAAGACCUCUGGACGAACAACGACGUUGCUGGCAGCUUCUUGCAGCCGCUACGGGAAGGCAGCGAGCGGUUCAAGGGGGAGAUGAAGGGGGGUGGGCAGUUGAGUGAGGAGAGGAGUGAUGAAGUGCUGGCGGAGAUGAAUGUGCUGGAGAAUGCGCUGGAGAGGGUGGAGGGGGUGGUGAGGUUUUUGAAUGAGUGA